AUGUUCCACCGUGCCAGACAAUCUGGUGCGCCUUUGCGCGGAGGACAUGGACUUGGACGCACCAUUCUCUUUCCAUUCCCUUACGCAUCAGCUGCACUCCCCAGCUCACAUGGUGCCCCAAUGAACCCUCAUCCUCACGCACCGUCCAACAUACGAUGGAUUAACAAAAAAGAGAUGAAUGUCCGCACAGAGGACGGCAUCAGCCUGUGCCAAAGGGCUCUCCAAAUAGUGACGGAGCUGUGUCUUGCCGGGCACGUCGACCGGGAGAAAUGCGCGGAUAUAUUUCCACUGGAGAGCAACAUACCAGACAUCUCUGUAAGUCUCCUAGCUCUGGUCGUAGGUUUCUGUGGGCUCGCCCUUUUGGUAGUCUCUCUCUUUGUCUUUUGGAAGCUGUGCUGGCCCAUUUGGAGAAGCAAGGCACUCUCAUCCAAUGCUGACAGCUAUCCGCUGGGGGUGCAUCCCGAGGCCCCCCCAGCCCCGGCCCCGACUCCGGUGUCUCGUUCUGUUUCAACUCAUCCAGAGACCAAUGCAAUUGGAAAUGUGGGAAGGCAGCCAUCGCACAUCCAGCACGAGGAUGAGGAGGAUAAGAAGAGGAAGGUACCAGAAGUAAAGGUCAAUGGACGGAGCUCGGUUAAGAUUUUGGAGGCGGCCAUGAAGAUCAGCCAGACGUUGCCAGACAUCCCUGCUGAGGUGCAGCAGGCACUGCGUGACCGUCUGAGCAAGCAGGCCAAAAUCCAGAGGCAGACAACUGAACCUACCUCGUCCUCCAGGCACAAUUCUUUCCGCCGACACCUGCCACGGCAGAAGAAUGUGACCAGUGUGGACUUCACCAUGGACGCUCUACCUGUGCGCCAGUCUUCUGCAGUCAGUAUCGGUCGUAUCAAACCUGAGCUGUACAAGCAGAAGUCUGUGGACUCUGAAGAGGGCGCCAAGGAGCCAGUAGAGACGUGCGGCAAGCUGAGCUUUGCCCUCAGCUACGACUACGAGGAACAAGCUCUAGUGGUUCGUAUUCUAAAGGCUCUGGAACUGCCUGCUAAAGACUUCACGGGCACCUCCGACCCCUACGUGAAGAUCUACCUGCUUCCAGAGCGCAAAAAGAAGUUUCAGACGAGGGUCCACCGCAAGACGCUCAACCCCAUGUUCGACGAGACGUUCCGCUUCCCUGUGGAGUACAGUGAGCUGUGCAAUCGCAAGCUGCACUUCAGCGUUUACGACUUUGACCGCUUUACGAGUCAUGACAUGAUCGGAGAGGUGGUGGUCGAUAACCUGUUUGAGCUGUCUGACCUAUCACGUGAAGCUGUGGUUUGGAAGGACAUCCUUGCAGCCACUACAGAGAGUGUUGAUCUGGGUGAAAUUAUGUAUUCCCUUUGCUAUCUUCCCACGGCUGGUCGCAUGACCCUCACCGUAAUCAAGUGUCGCAAUCUGAAAGCCAUGGACAUUACUGGCUACUCCGAUCCAUACGUUAAAGUCUCCCUCAUAUGUGAUGGUCGGAGACUGAAGAAGCGGAAGACGACAACCAAAAAGAACACACUCAACCCUGUCUAUAACGAGGCCAUCAUUUUUGACAUCCCUCCUGAGAAUGUGGAGCAGGUCAGCCUGUCCAUAAUGGUGAUGGAUUACGACAGAGUUGGACACAAUGAAGUGAUAGGAGUAUGCAGGACAGGGCCGGAUGCAGAGGGUCUUGGAAGGGACCACUGGAACGAGAUGCUGGCUUAUCCACGCAAGCCCAUCACCCACUGGCAUGCACUUUGUGAGUGGCCUGGAAGAGCAUCCAGUUUUGAGAGUCAAGGAUCAUGUCCAUCCCCAAAACCUCCACAGACCCCAUAACACCCCGGAACACAAAUCUAAUGGCAAAACAUAUUUGGUUUGUAUAAUUAAUAGGGUAUAUUUUUCUUUAGUUUUAGCUUGCUGCAUUCUUCUUUGGCAAAGAAUUAAACAUGACUGGUAUGCCUGCUACAGACACAAUCGAGUUUCCACAUCUCACAGUUUCUUUGACAUUUUGCUGGUGCUGAGUUUAUGAGCUCCUAAAACAAUAGUUUUCAGGUCACUUUGAAGCUGACAGUGAAAUAAUGUGAAGUCUCUUGCUGUUUGACAGUAUAAUGAUGACAUGUCAGUUU